UAAUAUCGAGGCUUAUACGCGAAAUUUCCAUUCGACCCGCCGACGUUUCGAGCCCCUCUUUCUGAGCUCUGCCGCCAAGAGACCCUAAACCCUAGCCAUGGCGAAGAACAGGAACAAGACGAAGAACAGCCAGAAGAAGAACGGCCCGGUCUCCAUGGAUAUCUGCGUAGAGGGCUCCAUAGAUGCUCCUCAAGCAAUGGACACAUCGGAAGGGAAACCCUCGAAUCCAGCUCUUGGUGCCACCGAUAGAAAGAUCAAGAAAACAGUGCAAGUGAAAAGAUCCAAAAACCUCAGGAAGCUAAAAGCGAUUGCUAGAGCCAUCACAGUCGGUGAAAAGUAUGAGGAGAAGCUCUCCAGAAACAAAAACAAGAUGGGCAGAAUUCAAUCUGCUAAGUCGUUAUAUGACUAAUGUAAGCAUACUUUUGCCUCUGCAUGCAUCAUAUAGAAGUAUCAGAUCAUUGUCGUUCUCACUUGGUUUACUUUUCUGGCGUGUGCUUUAGUUUGUUUAGACAUUACAUUUGUGGUUCUCAUUGCCAGGUUGACUGCUUGUUUCAAGUCUAUAUUCUAGUGAUGACCCAUUUUAUUGGAACGGAAAGUUCAACAGCAUCUUAAAUGAGUAUUUGUGUCAUUUGCCCAGACUUUCGGCAAAGAGAGCCUAGUCAUAGCUAGAUGAAGUUCAUAAUUCUUUGUUGUUGUUAGUUUGAUAGUAGUUACUAUUACAACAAAUAUGUGCCUAAUUGUUGUGGAAAGUUGAGUGGCAAUUUACUGCAUAACUAUUCACAAAUUAAAGUUCUAUUUUGUUAACAAUGGGAAGGUAUCUUUAAUAAUCAGAAA